AUGGCGCUGGCCGCCGCCGCGGCCGCCGCGGCCGCCGGGGUGAGCCAGGCGGCGGUGCUCGGCUUCCUGCAGGAGCGCGGCGGGCAGGUGCGCAACUCGGAGCUGCUGAGCCGCUUCCGGCCGCUGCUGGAGGCCGGCGACCCGCGCGGCCGCGCCGCGCGCAGGGACCGCUUCAAGCAGUUCGUCAACGACGUGGCCGUGGUCAAGGAGCUCGACGGCGUCAAGUUCGUGGUGCUAAGAAAGAAGCCGCGGCGCCCGGCGGGGCCCGAGCCGCUGCCCCCCGGCCCCGCAGCGCCGCCGCCGCCGCCCGCCGCCGCCCCGGGAGACAGCUCCGCGCCCGAGGCCGCUUCCUGGGGCCCCGCGCUGCAGAUCCAGGCGCCCCCGGAGGACCCGGCCGGGCAGAGCGCGCCGCAGGAUGCCCCGGGGGUCCCGGCCAGCGAGCCCACCUCGCCCGCUAGGGAGCUGCCUAGCGGCCUGGCCCGCAAGCCCGAGGGCCCCGCAGAGCCCCGGGUGCCUGCCUUUGAGCUGGCCCGGUCCUCGGAGGCAGCCUGCGUGGACGCGGCCCCGCCGUCUGCGGGGCUGCCCGAGGUCGCCUCGCCCUGCGCACAGGCGCCGGGCCCAGCCCCGGGGCCGCCGCCGCCGAAGCCCUGCAUGCUGCCGGUGCGCUGCGUGCCGGGCCCCGCCGCGCUCCGCGUCCGGGCCGAGGAGCAGGGCCUGCGCCGGCAGCUGUCGGAGGAGCCGAGCCCGCGCAGCUCCCCGCUGCUGCUGAGGAGGCUGUCGGUAGAGGAGACCGGCCUGGGCCCGGGCCGCUCCCCGCACCUGCGGCGCCUGUCGCGCGCCGGCCCCCGCCUGCUGAGCCCCGACACCGAGGAGGCGCCCGCCGCGCCGCCGCCGCCGCCCUCCGCCGUGCCCCUGGAGCCGGCCGAGCACGAGUGGCUGGUGCGGGCGGCCGGCGGCCGCUGGACCCACCAGCUGCACGGGCUGCUGCUGCGCGACCGCGGCCUGGCGGCCAAGCGCGACUUCAUGUCCGGCUUCACCGCCCUGCACUGGGCCGCCAAGAGCGGCGACCGCGAGAUGGCGCUGCAGCUGGUGGAGGCGGCGCGGCGCGGGGGCGCGCCCGUCGACGUGAACGCGCGCUCGCACGGCGGCUACACGCCGCUGCACCUGGCCGCGCUGCACGGCCACGAGGACGCCGCCGUGCUGCUCGUCGUGCGCCUCGGCGCGCAGGUGCACGUGCGCGACCACAGCGGGCGGCGCGCCUACCAGUACCUGCGGCCCGGCUCCUCGUACGCGCUGCGCCGCCUGCUGGGCGAGCCGGGCCUGCGCGGCGCCGAGCUCGACGCCGUCGGGGGCGCAGGGGGCGGCCUGGCGCCGCGGCGUCCGGUGCAGGUGGCCGCCACCAUCCUCAGCUCCACCACCAGCGCCUUCCUGGGCGUCCUGGCCGACGACCUGGUGCUCCAGGACCUGGCCCGCGGCUUGAGGAAGUCGGGCUCCUUCAGCAGGUUCCUGGGCGCCUCGCCCACGGCGCCCCGCAAGAAGACCAAGGUCCGGGGCGCGCUGCCGGCCUUCUCGGAAGGCCCUCGCCGGCCCCCGCCGGGGCCCCUGGCUGGCCUGGUGCCCGGCGUGCCCCCCGCCACCUGA